AUGAAGCAGCCAAAGGGGUUUGAAGAUCAUGUUCAUCCCAAUUAUGUAUGUAAAUUACACAAGGCAUUAUAUGGGCUUAAACAAGCUCCAAGGCAGUGGUUCAAAACGCUCUGCAAUCAUCUCAAAUUUCUCGGAUUCAAAAAUGGCACAGCUGACACAUCGCUGUUUGUAUUCCGUCAAAAUCAAGUGGAAUUAUAUAUGGUCAUCUAUGUGGAUGACAUUUUAUUAACAGGGAAUGAUAGUAACAUGAUAACACAAGUAAUAAGACAGCUACAACAGAAGUUUGCAAUGAAAGACAUGGGAUUGAUCACAAAUUUUCUUGGCAUUCAAAUUACCAAACAUAAGGACACUUAUUUCAUGUCUCAGACAGCAUAUGCCAAAACUAUACUAAACAAUGCAGGACUUGCACAAUGCAAACCAACAGCUACUCCUACUUACACAAAAUGCAUAGCAGAAACCAAAACAGAUGAGAUCACGAUGGAAGCUCAUACGUACAGACAAAUCACUGGAGCCUUACAGUAUCUAACAAUAACUAGACCAGACAUCACGUAUGCAGUUAACGUGCUCUGUCAAAACAUGCACAAUCCAGCUCAAGAACACAUGCAUAUGCUCAAGAAACUUUUGAGAUACAUAAAAGGCACAGUUAACUUUGGUAUUCCUGUUACAUCCGAACCUCUUCAAGUUUAUUCCUACUCUGAUGCUGAUUGGGCAGGAGACAAACAAACGAGAAGGUCAACAACAGGAUACUGCACAUUUCUAGGGAAUACUAUUCUCUCAUGGUGUGUCAAGAAACAACACACGGUGGCAAGGUCAUCAACAGAGGCGGAAUACAGGGCAUUGGCCGCUGCAACAGCUGAAGUUAUUUGGAUAAGAAAACUUCUUAAAGAUUUCAACAUAGAGCUCAACACACCAACUGAGAUACGGUGUGACAAUACAUCAGCUAUAGCGUUAGCAAAUAACCCU